AUGGCGCGGGGCAUCAUAACUUCUGAUGUCGAGGCGCUGCUGCUGAGCGUCUCCUAUGGCAUGGUUGCCGUGGACAUAAUAAACCAUCAUAUUAACAAGGGUUUGCCUAGCGAUUUCAGGCCUGAGUUCUCCGCUGGCAAUAUAGUUCGCGAUUCUAAUGAUGCUGGCGAGGUGUCUGAAGAACAUUCGUCCCAGGUUGGUGAUGAAGAUGAUGAGCAGGAUACUCUUAUCUCUGCCCCUUCCACGCCUGCCCCGCCUCCUCGUCUUCCUCCCCGCCGCUCCUCUCUCAAGUCUUCCCAGCUAAAGACUCCAUCUCCGCGCAAGAAGGUGGCGAUCCAAGAACCUGUUGUCUCCCCGCCAACCGCUCCUAGGUCUAGCGGGCCCUCAUCUCGUACUCGUUCACGCUCCGCUACUGUUGAGCCCUCUGCUGUUCCUUCCACCCCCAGCAAGAAGGCUACUCCGCGCAAGAAGGCUUCUGUCCCUAGCAAGUCUCCUGUUUCGCGCAAGAAGGCUGCCCCUCCCGCUGUCGUUGCUUCUUCUGCUUCUGGGGCUGAUAGUCCUUCGUCUGCUGUUGUUGAGGAUUCCGCUAGUAGUGAUGCUGUUGCUCCUGAGGGUUCUGUUGUUGAGAAUCUUGUUGUCCCUGACAAUGAAGUUGCUAAUGUUGAGCCCGCCGCUGAAGCUGCUCGUUCUUCUUCCUUGCUUCGCUCACUUUCUAAUUACUUUAGCUUCCUUUCGGGUUAG